UUGGCCCAAGGCAAGGGGGUGGGGCUCAGCAUUUUACAGGAGGGGCAGGGCAGUCUCUACUUCCUUGAGUGCAAACACACCGACUGACCAAGAAAGGAGCCGCUUCCAAAGGUCUGCAGAAUGUUUCCCUUCUGCCUCUUGGCUCUACUGGGGACAUCAUGUAUGUGGGACCCAGGUUCAGCUGAGGAGUGUGCCAGCUUCACAGAUCUGGACCUCCACCACUCCAUCGCAGGCACCAGUCUGGAUGUGCGGCUCCUCUUGUACACCCGUGCCAACGACACCUGUGCCCGCAUACUGAACCACCUAAGUCCCUUCUCCCAGCCAGAGCUGAAUGCCAACCGGUCCACCACCUUCAUCAUCCACGGGUACCGACCCACCGGCUCCCCGCCGGGCUGGUACGACCUGCUGGCAAAGCUGCUGUUGGAGCGGGACGACCUCAACGUAAUCGUGGUGGACUGGAACCGCGGUGCCGCCAACAUCAAUUACUGGGCUGCGGUGAAGAACACAAGGAAGGCGGCGGACAACAUGACCACCUUCAUACUGAAGAUGAAGGAGCGUGGCACCCCUCUGAGUGCGUUCCAUCUGAUUGGUGUGAGUCUGGGGGCUCACAUCUCUGGGUUCAUCGGUACCAACCUCAAUGGCUCCAUCGGCAGGAUCACAGCAUUGGACCCAGCAGGGCCGGAGUUUACGGGCAAGCCCCCCGAUAGCCGCCUGGACCCCACAGACGCUCAGUUUGUGGAUGCCGUUCACACAGACAUGGAUGCGCUGGGCUUCCGUAAGCCACUGGGUCAUAUAGACUACUACCCCAACGGAGGAGGAGACCAACCAGGAUGCCCCAAAACCAUUCUAGCUGGAUCCGAAUAUUUUAAAUGUGACCACCAGAGGUCAGUGUAUUUGUUCAUGAACUCCAUCAACCAGACGUGUAACCUGAUUGCUUACCCGUGUGAAUCCUACUUGGACUUCCUUGACGGGAAAUGUCUGAAUUGUGAGAAGUUCGGUGGAGAAGGCUGUCCAUCGUUGGGUUACGAUGCCAUCAAGUGGAAAAACAGUCUGGUCAAACGGGGACAAACAAUGACCUUCUUCAGUACAAACAACUGGUCCCCAUUUUGCAAGACCCUUUACCGGGUGGACAUUGUGACAUGGAACCUUGAGACACGCUGGGGGUUCCUGACGCUGAAACUGCACAGUAAAGAUCAGGAGACCGAGGCCAAGAUAGACCACAAAGCAGCUGAGUUUAAACUCUACACAGAGAAAAGCCUGCUGGCCCAGUUUGACAGAGACCUGCAGCCUGUGGAGCGGGUAUCCAUCAGCUUCUCGACAGGAAAUGUCCUGCAGCCACGCUACAAGUUGCGUGUGCUCCGCAUCCGCCUCACUCCUCUGCAUGACUCUAACAGGACAACACUGUGUCGGUAUGAUCUCCUGCUGGAGGAGAAGAAAGAGGUGAUUUUCAGGCCUAUUCCCUGUGAAAACACCAACUUCUGAACCAGGACUCAGCUCUGCACAGAGCCAGUGUGGAAAAUAAAACCGCCGCUGGAUUUUUACCAGUCAGCUCCACACAGCUCUCUGCUGCCCUCUACAGGCCUUAUCUAGCCACUGUGGCCUCCACUCUCCCCCUCCUGUGUCACUUACAGCUCAGAUUGAGCAUGCAGUAGACAGCCAGGCAAGGACAUGUCGGUGUCAUAAGAGGACUCUGUUGACUCCAUCACACCUUUGG